GCUGUUUCCGAACGCUUGGCGGAAGUUGCCGAAGCCCGGCUGAGGCGGCCAUAUUGGGAGCCGCCGCUGUGUGAAUCCGAGGGGCGGCAAGUGGCGUCCUGGCACCGGCGGCGGAGGGAAGACGGUGGCCCGAGCCCAGCGGAGGAGGCGCGGCGGGGCUUGGCCGCGUCCAGCCGGCCCGAGAGGCGCCUCAGACGGCGGGGGGUGCCCAGCGGGGUUUUUUCUUCCGGCGCGGCCUGGUCUCUAGCGCCUCAUCCCCGGCCUCGCGUGAUUCUGCAAGCCGGGCACCCUGCACCCUAGCCCGGCUUAGGAGGGGAGCCUUAUGCCUCGUCGGUGGUCGUGCCUUCCGACCGCCCAGUGAGCCCCCGUCCCCCAUGCUGGUGGCCUGGCCGCCCCCCUCGCCCUGAGGAGGAAGAGGAGAAGCGGAGGAGGAAGAGAAGGAGGACCCCGACCUCUUCCAGCUGGGUCAAGGAGCAGGAAGAGGGGGAGGCGCUGAGCAGCCGGGGGGACCCCCCCUCAGGCCUUUGCCAAGGGGAGCCAUGUCGAACAGCGGCCGCAGCCCCCUGCCCACCGUGACGGAGAACCUGGAGCAGCCGGCCUUGGGACACCCAGACUCCAAGCCCAGCACCAAGUCCAACAUGCUGCGAGGCCGCAUCCCUGCAACCGCCACCGACGAGCAGCCCCACAUUGGGAACUACCGCCUGCUGAAGACCAUCGGCAAGGGCAAUUUUGCCAAGGUCAAGUUGGCGCGCCACGUCUUGACAGGGAAAGAGGUGGCUGUGAAAAUCAUCGACAAGACGCAGUUGAAUUCCUCCAGCUUACAGAAGCUCUUCCGGGAAGUACGAAUAAUGAAGGUUCUGAAUCACCCGAAUAUAGUUAAAUUAUUUGAAGUCAUAGAGACGGAUAAGACGCUGUACCUCGUCAUGGAGUAUGCCAGCGGAGGGGAAGUGUUUGACUACUUAGUGGCUCAUGGAAGAAUGAAAGAGAAGGAAGCGCGGGCAAAAUUCCGACAGAUAGUGUCUGCUGUGCAGUACUGUCACCAAAAGUUCAUUGUACAUAGAGACUUGAAGGCAGAAAACCUGCUCUUAGAUGCCGACAUGAACAUCAAGAUUGCAGACUUUGGUUUCAGCAACGAGUUCACAUUCGGCAACAAGCUUGACACGUUCUGCGGGAGCCCCCCGUACGCCGCUCCCGAAUUGUUCCAGGGCAAGAAGUACGACGGGCCCGAAGUGGACGUCUGGAGCCUCGGGGUCAUCCUCUACACACUGGUCAGCGGUUCCCUGCCCUUUGAUGGGCAAAACCUCAAGGAGCUGCGAGAACGGGUUUUGAGGGGGAAGUAUCGUAUCCCCUUCUACAUGUCCACGGACUGCGAGAAUCUGCUGAAAAAAUUCCUUAUCCUGAACCCUAGCAAAAGAGGCACUUUAGAGCAAAUCAUGAAAGACCGCUGGAUGAAUGUGGGUCACGAGGACGAUGAGUUGAAGCCUUAUGUGGAACCUCUGCCAGACUACAAGGACCCUCGGCGGACAGAACUCAUGAUUUCUAUGGGCUACACCCGGGAAGAAAUUCAAGAGUCCUUAGUCAGCCAGAAGUAUAAUGAAGUGAUGGCGACGUAUCUGUUGCUAGGUUAUAAAAACUCAGAGCUCGACAACGAUAGCAUUACCCUGAAACCUCGUCCCCAGCCUGAGCUCGCCAACAGCACGGUUCCCUCCCCUUCGCACAAGGUGCAGCGCAGCGUCUCGGCCAACCCCAAGCAACGCCGCUUAAGUGACCAGGUACCCACCAUCCCAACCUCCACGUCUUACUCCAAGAAAACGCAGGCUGCCAACGCUGAGAACAAGAGGCCCGAAGAGGAGAGGGAGGCCGGGCGCAGCAAGACCGGGAGCACCGUCAAAGUGCCCGCCAGCCCCUUGCCUAGCCUGGAGAGGAAAAAAAGCACCCCUAUGCCCUCCACGAACAGUGUCCUCUCCACCACCACAAACCGAAGCCGCAAUUCCCCCAUGCUGGACCGUGCCAGCUUGGGCCAGAACUCCAUACAGAACGGCAAAGAUAGCCUAACCACUCCGGGCUCCAGGGCCUCUACCGCCUCCGCUUCCGCCGCCGUGAGCUCCGCGCGCCCGCGCCAGCACCAGAAAUCCAUGUCAGCCUCGGUGCACCCCUCCAGGCCCACCCUGCCCCCCACCGAUAAUCACUGCGAGGCCCAGCGACCUAGCACGGCCCCCCAGCGGGCUCCCGUGGCCUCCCCCUCCGCCCACAACAUCAGCAGCGCCCUCCCCGAGCGCACCAACUUCCCCCGAGGCAUCCAGAGCCGCAGCACCUUCCACGCCGGGCAGCUCCGGCCGGUCCGGGACCAGCAAAAUCUCUCCUACGGCCUCACGCCCGCCUCGCCUUCCGGCAACAGCCAGGGACGCAGGGGGGCUUCCGGGAGCCUCUUCAGCAAGUUCACCUCCAAGUUCGUACGCAGAGCCCCCACCACGAUGCCACAGCACCCCGCAGCCCAUCGUCUGCCAUCUGUCCACACUCGAAUCACAUUGGCCAGAAAUCUGUCUUUCAGGUUUGCCAAAAGGAACCUGCAUGAGCCCGAAAGCAAAGACCGCGUGGAGACGCUCAGGCCUCACAUGAUGGGCGGCAGCGGGGAGAAAGACCGGGACGAGAACCGGGAGGCCAAGCCGCGAUCGCUGCGCUUCACCUGGAGCAUGAAGACCACCAGCUCCAUGGAGCCCAACGAGAUGAUGAAGGAGAUCCGGAAGGUGCUGGAUGCGAACAGUUGCCAGUGCGAAUUGCAGGAGAAGUACAUGCUCCUGUGCAUGCACGGGGCGCCCGGCCACGAGGCCUUCGUGCAGUGGGAGAUGGAAGUUUGCAAACUGCCCCGCCUCUCGCUCAACGGCGUCCGCUUCAAGCGGAUAUCCGGCACUUCCAUGGCCUUCAAGAACAUUGCCUCCAAAAUCGCCAACGAACUCAAGCUUUAACGGCCACCCCGGGAGAAGGGGGGGGGUGGGGCGCCUGGCCUGCACACGCAACAGAGGAGGAAGAGGGGGUGUUCAGCUGGAAGAGAGCCGCAACUUCACUUGGAGAGGGGCCCGGGUGCCAGUGCCGGGCCAUGCAGGUGGGGGGGGCAGGGCAAGGGGGUGGAGGUGGGGUAUCCCCGCCGCCUCUCCAUCUCCCCCUUCCUCACCCUCCCCCCCCCCACUGAUGCAUCUCCAUGGAGACAGGGUGCCUGGGAUUGUGGUUGGCAGCCACCUAGCUGGUCUCCGUGGCAACAGUAAUGGGAGGGUACCAAGGGCUGAGGAAGCAUCCCUUUUGGUCUCCGUGGCGACCGUGGUACUUUUUCUUCCUUUUUUUUUCCACUUCUUCCUCCCCCUUCCCUUUCUCUCUCUCUCUCUCUCCCCCUCCCCUUUCCUUCUUGUAAAUGAGACAGGGUUUGACCAUUUUUACCAAACUGCAACAGGGACUCUCCCCUCCGGAGCAGGAGUGGGGGUAUCCUUUCCCACAAAACCGGAGUGGGCAGCCCGGGUCAGCGGAGGAGACCACAUCUGGCAGGAGGCUGUUGGGAUGGAGUGGGGGGGCAGCAGCUGGCCCCUUCCGCCGGUUGGGAAACGGAGAGCCCAGGGUCUGGCUGGGCAUUGACACAGCGCGCGGGGGUCCGUGUGUCCACCGGCCAGCACUAGAAGCCACGUGCCUCUUGCCAAGGGACGCCUCUGAGGCGCCCCCUCUGCCUGGUCCCUGCAGAUGACCCCCCCACACACAAACACGUGUGCACACACACACACACACUCCCCAAAGACCCCCAAUUCUCCCAAGGUUUUUUUUUUUUUUUUUUUUUUUUUGCUUUCCCCGUGCAACAUUUUUCCUUGCUAAUUGGGGAGCUGCUGGUGGGGUUGAACGGAGGGAGAGUUGGGGGCUGCCGAGGUCGCACAGCAACCCGGACCAUCACUCCUUGGUUUCCACACACACACACACACCCUUUAUACAGACAUGGCGUUAAGAGACUUGGUUUACACACACACAACGUAUAAUGGAACCCCUCCCCGGGUCCACAAAGGGGUUCGUUUCCGGUCUUGAAUGCUGCACAACCCCAUUCUGGGGUUUCACCUUCUCUUCCUCCCCUUCCCAGCACGUAUGCUGGGGGGGGGCACAGCAAGGCUUUUCACCCCUCCCUGCUCUUCUCCGGUGAUUCUCACAAAAGCCUUUGGAUGUUCAGGAUGGGUGGAAGAGUUUUGGGCCCGCCGUUUCACAGGUACGCUGCCCCUGGCUUUUCUGGAGAGCUCGGGUCGAUUUCUGCUGGAAAAAAAAGUGUGUGUGUGGGGCUCCUGUUUCCCCCCCCCCCAAAAAAAAUCUUUAUUUCCCUUUCCAAAGCACAAGAGCAACAACAACAAAAAAGAGACAGACAGACUUGGGCUUGGUUGCAGUCCCUUGCCUUCUCUUCGGCCUGGCUCUCUGGAUAUCUUUUCGUUGUCACAUUGCCCCCACCUCCCCCUCUUGAGAAUGUAUUUUUGGUCCUGGGGAGGGGGCUGUGCAGUCCCUUCCCCUUCUCCAACACAAACACACACACACACACACAAGUACGUAUGUACGUACAUGCCUGGUUUGUAUAUAACUGUACUGAUACCUCGGUUUUUGUGAGUGGUUAUAAUUUUUUUUUGUUGGUUUAAUUUCUCAUCACAACAUUGCCUUUUUUUU